GCGCCCGGCGCUUAACUUACUCCUCUUUAUCUCGCCAGAAAAGCCCAACCUAUAAUUCUGAACCCGGAUUCUUACGGUCGAGUCGCUAUCGUACCUACCUACAUGGAACAUAGGCAUCGAUGCCGUGUCUUUUGAAAUGGAUGGACUAUCUUCGGCGGCGAGCGUUAUCGCGGUUAUUCAACUGACGGGAAGCCUCGUGAAGCUUUGCGGGGACUAUAUUCAACAGGUGAAAGACGCUAAAGAUGAAAUCUUCAAGCUACAGCAGGUAGUUACGGAUCUUGCAGGAGUUCUUUCGGAGCUGAAAGUACUCCUCCAAGGUCCUAACGGCUCGAGGCUCUCCAGCUCUCAGACCCUAGACAGUCCUAUCACCAAGUGCUAUUCAACUCUUGCAACCUUGGAAUUGACUAUUGGUCCAGGGAAAAGAAAAAGAGUCAUGAGAAGACUAGGGCGUCGAGCACUGGUCUGGCCCCUCAAACGGACAGAGGUAGAGAGAAUCAUAUCAGAUCUUGAGAGAUACAAAUCAACCUUCACUGUAUCCUUACAGAUUGAUCAAACGGCCAUUAUCACCGGUAUGGACCUAAAGCAAUUGCCGGUUGUAUGCGGGGCUGAGUUCGACUCGUACACAAACCAACAUGAAGAAUAUUGUCUUCCAGGCACCAGAACGGACAUCCUUCGUCAAGUUAUGGAAUGGGUUAGGACACCGCACGGAAAAUGUAUUUUUUGGUUGAAUGGUGAAGCAGGGACCGGUAAAUCGACUAUCUCGCGAACGGUGUCAAAGACUUUAAAAGAGGCCAAUUUGCUCGGAGCAAGCUUCUUUUUCAAAAGGGGUGAAGGGGAUCAAGGGAAUGCAAUGAAGCUUUUUCCAACAAUUACAAGCCAAUUAGCGAAGAGCAUUCCCCAACUGAUCCCUGGUAUCCAGAAAGCAAUCCAUGACAACUCUGAUAUUGCAGGAGUCAAAAACUUGCUGAAUCGGCUUCUUAACGGACAAGGCGAGAAACAGAAAAAGCAACUGGUUCAAGAAUACCAGCAAGUGGUCGGUGUAAUUGUGAUACUAGAGAGCCCACUCUCAGUUAUCUCACUUUCCAGACUUAUCGGCCUCCCCCAGAGGGUUUUUCAUCUCAGAUUAAACCAACUACACUCAGUUUUGAGUGUACCAGAUGAUGAGACUUUGCCGGUACGGCUUUUUCAUCUGUCAUUUCGAGAGUUUCUUCUUGAUCCAGAAACACGCGAGAAGACUGACUUCUGGGUAGAUGAGAAGGACAUGCACUAUAGGUUGACCACUCGAUGCCUCCUUAUGUGUCAGAAUUUGAGAAAGAAUAUAUGUGGACUACCAAGUGAUGGGACACAACGUGCAGAUAUUAAUCAGCAGACUAUUGAUCACUGUCUUUCUCCAGAAUUGCAAUACUCCUGUCGAUAUUGGGCACAUCAUCUGACGCAAUGCACAGACUUGCAUGAUGUGAUGUAUGAUGCCCUAUCUUUUCUCCAGAGGCAUUUUUUGCACUGGGUGGAAGCAAUGAACUUACUAGGUGUUGGAUCAGAAGUAGUGGGGAUUAUCAACCUUCUGCAGACGGGUGUAGCUGGCGACAACCAUGAUGCAAUUUCUGAGUUUCUGUAUGACGCAAAGCGCUUUAUCCUUAAAAACCGCCAGAUAGCCGAUGAAGCACCCCUUCAGAUUUAUUGCGCAGGACUGGUAUUUGCACCACGAAUGGCAAUAAUUCGUGGAGAGUUCAAAUCAGAGCUUCCUAGUUGGAUAUGUCAGCUCCCACAGGUUAACGAAAGAUGGAGUGCGGAAUUGCAGGCUCUUGAGGGCCAUACGAGCUGGGUUCACUCAGUGGCCUUCUCACCCAACGGCCGACUACUGGCAUCUGCCUCCGAUGAUAAGACAGUACGGCUCUGGGACACGGCCUCGGGCGCCCUGCAGCAGACCUUGAGCACCGAGAGAAUGGUCACUGAACUCGAAUCCUCUCAAAAUGGUUCACAUCUCAGCACUAAUCUAGGACCCCUCAAUCUUCAAUCCAGGUGUGUCAAUUAUAUAUCGAAUUCAUCCAAGACGAAUCCAGAAAUAUUUCUACAGCGGCGGGACUGGAUAGCUUUGAACAGAAAACCUGUAUUAUGGCUUCCUCCUGAGGCUCGGCCUUCUUGUUCGGCAGUUAAAGCAAACACGAUUGCCCUGGGACACUGGUCAGGUCGGAUUUCCUUCAUAGGAUUUCAGUCGUAAUGGGCGUCAAUGAACUUUAUUCCUCUUAUUUCCUCUAUUUUCUAAUCUCUUUGCAGAAGGAGGGGACGGGAGAGGCACAGAAUUUAUUUGAACUGAUUUUUUCCUGGAACAUGUUACAUGCUUCCACUGGAUUCCAAUACAGUGGCGAAUCAAUAGUCCCCAUGGUUCUCUCUCAAUGAGUAAG